AUGGAGUGGUAUAUGGCGAUGGAUGAGCGGCUACUGCAAGGAGGAUUUCAGAAAAGUGAAUGUGAUAGGUCAUUCUACUGGAAGGGAGAAGGGAAGGAGAAGGUGUUCUUGGUGCUAUACGUGGAUGACAUCUUGGUGGCAGGGGCGUUACAGGAGGAGGUAGAGAAGGCGUUCAACUGGGAGAGCUGGCGCGGCGAGAAGCAGCUGUGGUACGACGUGCUGAUGGCGCGCGCGGCGGAGGUGGCGGAUAUGGGCUUCACGGACGUGUGGCUGCCGCCACCCUCCAAGGCCGUCGAUAAACAGGGCUACCUACCAUCGCAGCUUUACAACCUCGACGCAUCAAAGUACGGCGACGAAGUCCACCUGCGGCGGCUCAUCCGCCGUCUCCACUCCACCCACGUGCGGUGCAUGGCGGACAUUGUCAUCAACCACCGCUGCGGGGACUUCCAGGACGCCCACGGCAACUGGACCAUCUUCGAGGGGGGAACCCCCGACGAGCGCCUCGACUGGGGGCCGUGGGCGAUCACUGCGGGGGACAUGCCGUACGGGGGUGACGGGAAGGCGGACACGGGGGAGGAUUACAGGGCGGCCCCGGAUAUUGACCACACGAACGCGCGCGUGCAGCGGGAUUUGAUCAACUGGCUGCUAUGGAUGAAGCGCGAGGUGGGGUUCGACGGGUGGCGCUUCGACUUUGCGAAGGGCUACGGCGCGGAGUUUGUCGGGAAGUAUUGCCGCGCGACGGAACCCACUCUAGCCGUUGGGGAGGUGUGGAAUCCGAUGAGAUACGAUGGGGAUGGGCAGCUGGCGUGGAACCAGGACGCGCAUAGACAGGCGCUGGUGGACUGGGUGGAUGGCACGGGAGGCGUGUGCGCUGCGUUUGACUUUACUACCAAGGGGAUUCUGCAGCAGGCUGUGCAGGGGCAGCUGUGGCGGCUUAAGGACGGCGCGGGGAAGCCGUGA